AUGGCCUUCGAUUUCGCCUAUCCCUCGUGCGAGAUCCCCGCCAACUUCUCCUUCGACCCUUCUCUCCUCGACAUCCCCUUCAAUGCUGGCCAUGGUCGCUCCAGCUCCCGCGGCUCCGUCUACUCCAUGGCCUCCAACGCCGACUCCAUCGCCGACACGGCCAGCACCCGCAUGAGCACCCCCAGCCGUGCCUCGCCGCCGGUCCACCACCGCGGGCCCAUCCUGCUGCCCAAGAUCCGCUCCCAGGACCAGGCCCUCGCCCAGUCCCCCGCCAAGCGCCAGAAGACGGCCUCACCGCCGGCUCCUUCCAACCCGGCGCCCUCCCUGGUCCGCACUGUUUCCUUCCCCAUGCGCGAUCCCCAAGCCAAGAACUUCUGGUGGGACGUUCGUCAAGUCCGCCCUUGGUCGUCCUUCAAUUUGGAGACCAUCCUGUCUCUGCCUGGCGCGGCAACACUUCUUCAUUGCCCCGUCCCCGCGCCCCUGCUGCCCAUGCCGGCUGCUUCUGCCCGCCACCCUGAGACGGAGUCGGCGCUUCACGCUAUCUACGCAGCUCACUACCUCCCCCGCCUCAACGCGGCGCUCGCCCUCUCCUCGACGACGCCUCUGAGCCUCUCCCUGGCCCCCAAGACGUCAGCGACCAGUGCCAACGCCGAGCCACUUUUCCUUGCGACUUGCUCCACAGACGCCACCUCCGCCGCCGCCAUCUUUGGCGGCAACCCCACCGCCCGCGCCGUCGGUCUCGUCCGCGCUUUCGACCGCUUCAACACGGGCAUGCGCUCUGCCGGUCCCGUCGCCCGCGUCGAGUACCUCCGCGGCCUCGCCGCCAUCCACCAUGCCAUGCGCGCCCACGGCACCCGCUACGGCUUCAUCAUGACCGAGAUUGAGCUCGUCAUCGUGCGUAACGGCAACGAGCGCACGCCUCACUUUGGAUUCCUCGAGGUCUGUGCCGUGCCGCUCGCCGGCGGUGAUGGCGAGAGUGACCUGACGGCCUGCCUCGCGCUCUGGGGCCUUUGCGUCAUGGCUGGUGAUGCUGCUGGUGCCUGGAAGGCUGAAAUUGGGGCUCCGGCCGAGGGCACGAGACGCAAGGCCCUUGCGAGGGACUCGUGGAUGCCGACGCCGCAGCUGGCAGAGAAGAGAGAGGCCAAGAGGGCGAGAGGAUGGGUCUGGCCUGAGGAUGCUGUGGGCAGGAAGGAACUGGGCAAGAGGGGAGUUCGUUACGGGGGUGUUUAG